AUGGGUAAACAGUAUAUUUCAACCAACGUCGUUGGUGAUAGUCAUUCAUCCGACUUACUUGACUUAUCCAUAUCCGACAAGUACACCAUAACUGUUUCUGGAGAUGGGUACUCGAAAUUCUGGGAUAAUAAGAUGGAAGAAGUUGAUGAUCCAAAGGAACAUGUUGUAUCUAAAAUGGUAGAUGGUAGUGGGAUACAUCAUGUCAAUAUCUUUGAAAACAUCAUCCCUGAUAGUCAUGUGAAGGUGGUGGUGGUAGGAUAUGGAUGUUUCAAUGGAACUAUCAAGAUUCAAUCGUUCAUUAACGACGAUAUCACCACUUUAACUGAAGUAACUGAAUUCAAAGGUACUUAUUGGUGUCCUAUAUUCUACAAAGAUCCCGAAUCAGAACAAGAUUUGUUAAUAACCACAUCAAUCACAGGAGAAAUAACCCUUUGGAAUAUGACCAUUUCACCUAAUGGGAAAGAUAUAGAAUUUACAGAGUUCAAUAAGCUCAUACCUACCGAGAGUAAUUUCCCAAUUUCCAUUGAUGUUAGUAUUGACAAGAAAUUAUCCAUUGGUUAUACAAACGGAGAUGUUAUGUUGUAUCAUUUACUAGAUCUUAAAGCCAUAUAUACUUUCCAUUCAACAGAUUUGAUUUCUGGUACAUCAAAUUCCGUCCCUAGAGUUGUGAAAUUUUCACCUGGAGGUUCGAUAUUAGUAGUUGCUAGAGAUAAUCAAAAUGCCGGUAGUAUCAAUUUAUAUGAUGUUAAAUAUGGAGAAAAUAUUGGAGCUUUAACCAAACCUUCACAUUCUACUAACACCACCAUUGGAGGAUUUGCUCAUGAUGGAUGGAUUAUGGGAUUAAGUUUUGAUGAUGAAGGGAAAUUCCUUGCAUCUUGUGGAUUUGAUAAAUGUAUUAGAAUCUGGAAUUUGGAAAACAAAGAAAGAGAAGCCACUAUAAACUUAUCAUUGACUGAUUUCCAAGAUUUUAAUGCCGAUGAACAUGAUAGUUCAAUUGCCUCUGGAGUUCAAUUCAUUAAAAAGGGAAUUAGAGGAGGUUUAGGAGGUGGAAGUAAUAAUGGGUUAUGUGUUAUUAGCUUUGAUAGAGGUAUUAGAUGGUAUAGAGAAGCUGGUGGUAUAUAG